AUGAGUGUCAAUAACAUUGACAUCAACAUGCAACAUCCCGAGUUUCAGCCAGAAGAUGUACAAACAUCUCAUGACGCGGAUUUAUUUGGUGACGAUGAAGACAACGAUAAGGGUGCUGGUGACUUUGUGGAUGCUCUCAGUCAGCCUCCCACCAGUGUGCCACAACUUGACAAGAGGGCCAGAGAUGAAGUGAUAUCUGGGAAGCGUCGCUUUCGUGAAGUCGACUAUUCACAGAUACUUCGCCAGACUGUGUAUGAACAACAAGAACAUAUUAACAAUAUUAUACAGGAAACUGAAGUGCUCAAGACCACAUUGAGGAGCAAUGACGUAUUGCAGAAGAAGAGUCAAUGGGAAGCAGCUCUGAGAGAGCGAGAGCGGGAAAAGCAAGAAAUUCACACAUGGCAAGAGCAGCAGCAAGCACUGCUGAGGAAGAACGUUGCUGAAGAACUAGCAUGGCACGAAGCAAAAAUAAGUGCAAGAAAAGACCAAGAGGUGAGAAAGAACGACUGA